AUGCCAGUAUACAUCAGGAAAGGGCCUGCAGAUAUCCCCGAGCCCUCCGACAGCGGCCGGGGUGAUGACGAGGAGGAGUUGUUCCUGAGUGACCCGGAUCAAGUCCAGGACCAGCUCCCCCAGCCGUUCAGAAUGAUAGACAAGGUCCUGGACAGACUGGUAGACAGGGCAUGGGACUUCAUCUCAGAGAGAGAAACUGUCAGGGUCACAGAGCAAGCUAAUACAACUAUACCCAUUAUGCAGGUCUCAGGGGACGUAAAGCUCCCUGUGAGGACCAACUGCAUGGCCUGCUCUGAGGAUGGCAGGUACAUCUUCCUGGGUCACCCCCACGGCCUGUCUGUUAUGGCUCAGCCCCAGGGUAUCUCCUCCUCUUCCUCUCCCUACUGUGUGCCAGUAUGGCAGGAGGACCAGGUAGAGAUCACCUCUCUUCACAUCACCUGUCUGGGGGAGAUGGCCUACCUGCUGGCAUCACUGGAUGAUAUGGGCCGUUGCUGGAAAUGA